AUGGCUAUCACCGAAGGAAAAGUCGCCUUCAACAUCCCCAACGCCGGCAAACCCUGCGAGACCUGGUACAAGAUCGUCGGCGACCUCGCAAGCGGCGUAACUCCCCUCGUAACGCUACAUGGCGGUCCAGGCGCCACCCACGUGUACUUACUUCCCUUCAUUGACCUAUACACCAAGUACGGUAUCCCGGUGGUUUUCUACGACCAAGUCGGCUGUGGAAACUCUACCCACCUUCGCGAAAAGAAUGGUGACGAAGCCUUCUGGACCGUCGACCUCUUCGUCAAGGAACUGGAUAACCUUGUUGACCACCUCAAUAUCCGCGAGCGCGGGUACGACAUCCUAGGCCAAAGCUGGGGAGGCAUGCUAGGCGGCGUAUAUGCGGCAAGGAACGCUAUUGGCCUGCGCAAAGUAGUGCUAGCAGAUGCACCGGCAGACGUUCCACUCAUGAUGAAGGGCGUGCAACAGCUUGUCAAGCACUUGCCUGAUGAUGUGCAGAGGGAUCUUGAGGAGUGUACCCGCGAGGAGGAUUUCGAAAGCGACAAGUACAAGGACGCCUGCUUGGUAUUUUACAAAAAGCAUCUAUGUAGAAUUCAUCCGUUUCCUUCGGAGUUGGAGAAGGCUUUGGAGCAGUUGGAGGAUGAUCCGACUGUUUAUGGGACGAUGUAA